CGUAGUGUCAGCAGACAAGUCAAUUCGUCCCAAAUAAAAAACUGAUUAGAGGGAGGCAACUUUCUAACUGGAUGCUAAAUAUGCAUAUCGUUCUUUACAUAUCCAUUUUUGUAUUAUGUACUUUCGGUCAAUUUUAUGUGAACCAGUUGCGUUGUAGAGGUUAGUUUGGUUCUCAUUUUAAGAAGGAAUUUUCCCUCCAUGCUCGGGCUAGGAAAAUAGCAACGGGAUGGGUGUUUAGCGGUAUCGGCCUAAAGUGAGAUGGGAUCAAUGCAUUGAUUUCUUGGGGAUUUGUUUUUGGUGUGAAGUUAUGACAAUGACUGGAUCGAUGGAAACGUCUUUCAAACAAGCUUUAAAGAAACCUCCAUCACUACGGACAACAGAGGACCUGCACACCAUUUACUGUCACUUCUACCACAUGGAUGUCCUGUCCCACCUCAGGGAGCACCAGCUCAGGUCGAUGUGUUCUUCAGCCAGGUAUGAGAGACACGAAGCUAACCACGUCCUGUUCUACCAAGACAGCCUCGCCACUUGUUGGUACAUCCUCCUCUCCGGCUCAGUCUUCGUCAAGGAGCACAUGUACUUGGCUAGAUGCUGCUUUGGCAAGCAGCUGGGGGGCAGACGAGGCUGUGAAUGCAUCACUUUAGAGCCGUCAGAAAUGAUUGUGGUGGACAAUGCUAGCGAGGGCGAGGAGAGGUCACUGCAGAGGGAGGUGUCCCAGAGACGUUCCCGCCGGCGCUUUCGCAAAGUCAACCCUCGGGGAGAGCGGGAACUGAUCACUGACGGCCAGGACCCCACGCUUCCUGGAGACCUCAACAAGAUGCACCUUACAGACCACCCCCACAGCCAGGGGAUGCAAGUGCCGCCCAGCCAAUCAGGAUGCAGCAUUGCCAGUGAUUCGGGGAGCAGUAGCUUAUCAGACAUCUACCAGGCCACGGAGAGCGAGAUGGGUGACGUGGACCUGUCGGGGCUCCCGGAGGCGGCGGUGGACUCUGAAGAAGAGGAGGAGGAGGAUGAAGACCUGGAGAGGACGUCAGACACCCUGUUGGGUAGAGACCUUGUCAGGGAGUGUCUGGAGAAGGACCCCGUGGACCGCAACGAUGAUGACAUCGAACAACUGUUGGAGUUCAUGCACCAGCUGCCAGCCUUUGCCAACAUGACCAUGUCAGUGCGGAGGGACCUGUGUACUGUCAUGGUGUUUGAGGUGGUGGAGCAGGCGGGGACCAUAAUCCUAAAGGACAAACAGGAGCUGGACCUGUGGUAUGUGAUCCUGAAGGGGUCGGUGGAGAUCAGCCACACAGACAGCCGCAUGGAGACCCUCUGCAUGGGCAACAGUUUCGGAAUCUCCCCCUCCCUGGACAAGCAGUACAUGAGCGGAGUGGUACGCACCAAGGGGGACGAUUGCCAGUUUGUGUGCAUUGCCCAAGAGGACUACUGGCGUAUCCUCAACCAUGUGGAGAAGAACACACACAAGGUGGAGGAGGAGGGAGAGAUCGUCAUGGUGAAGGAGCAUCGGGAGUUGGACCGCAGCGGCACCAGGAAAGGACACAUCGUCAUCAAGGGCACCCCAGAGCGUCUGAUAUUGCACCUGGUGGAGGAGCCAUCGGUGGUUGACCCCACCUACAUCGAAGACUUCCUCCUCACCUACCGAACCUUCCUCUCCAGCCCCAUGGAGGUCGGCAAGAAGCUACUCGAGUGGUUCAAAGUCGACAGCCUCAGAGACACGGUGACACGGAUAGUGUUGUUAUGGGUGAACAACCAUUUCAACGACUUUGAAGGUGACCCAGCCAUGACAAGGUUCCUUGAAGACUUUGAGAAGCUGCUGGAAACCACAAAAAUGAAGGGUCACCUGAGGCUACUGAACAUAGCGUGUGCAGCCAAGGCCAAGUGGAGGCAGAUCACCCUGCAGAAACCAUCCAGAGAGUCCCCGCUCUACUUCAGCCUGCAUGGCGGCAGCGAGAGGGGCUUCGGCAUCUUCGUCGAGUCAGUGGAGGAGGGUAGCAAGGCCGCGGAGGCUGGACUCAAACGGGGAGACCAGAUAAUGGAGAUCAAUGGUCAGAACUUUGAGAACAUCUCCUACGCCAAAGCUAUGGACUUCCUGAGGAACAACACACACCUCUCCCUCACAGUCAAGACCAACAUCUUCGUGUUCAAAGAGCUGCUGAGCCGGAUUGUUCACGAGAAGAAGAAUGGCGGUCCCCACAUCCCUAAGAUCCAGGAGAAGAAGUGUAACCGCUUCUCCAUCCCAGACCUGCCCGGAGACAUGGAGUUCCCCACAGACCACAAGGCCACCAAGAAGAUGAAGGCCAACACCGUUUCUGGAGGACGGAACAAGAUCAGGAAGAUGCUAGAGAAGACCCGCUUCAGCAUCCUACCACCUAAGCCCUUCAGGGGACUCUUUGGUGAUGGUGGCGUGGGUCAGUCUCAGGAUGACAGCAUUGUGGGCACUAAGCAGUGCAGGCACAGCGUGGCCAUCAUGCCCAUCCCUGGCAGCCUCUCAUCCAGCAGCCCUGACCUGCUGCAGCCAGCCACCAGUGUGUUGGACUUCUCCAACCCAGCAGCCGUGGGCUUCUACUACAUUCCAGACCAGGUGAUCCGGGUGUUCAAGGCUGACCAGCAGAGCUGUUACAUCAUCAUCAGUAAGGAUACCACGGCGAAGGACGUGGUCAGUCACGUGGUCAACGAGUUUGGCCUGAGCGCGGCCCCGGAGACCUACUCCCUCUGUGAAGUGUCGGUCAGUCCCGAGGGCGUCAUCAAACAACGCAGGCUACCUGACCAGCUCUCCAAGCUGGCUGACCGCAUCCAGCUCAACGGCAGGUACUACCUGAAGAACAACAUGGAUACGGAGACGUUGUGUUCAGACGAUGACGCCCAGGAGCUGCUGAAGGAGAGUCAUAUCACCCUGCUCCAGCUCAGUACCGUGGAGGUGGCCGCCCAGCUCUCCAUGAGGGACUUUGAGCUGUUCCGUAACAUCGAGUCCACUGAGUACGUGGACGACCUCUUCAAGCUGCUGGACUCCUCGGGGGGUCUCCAACAGACACGCCUCAAGCAGUUUGAGGAGGUCAUCAACCAGGAGACCUUCUGGGUCGCCACGGAGAUCCUGAGGGAGCCCAACGCCAUGAAGAGGAUGAAGACCAUCAAACACUUCAUUAAGAUCGCUCUGAACUGUAGAGAGUGCAAGAACUUCAACUCCAUGUUCGCCAUCAUCAGUGGUCUGAAUCUGGCUCCAAUAGCUCGUCUCAGGUCAUCGUGGGAGAAGCUGCCCAGUAAGUACGACAAGCUGUUCCGCGACCUGCAGGACAUCUUCGACCCGUCCAGGAACAUGGCCAAGUACCGCAACGUCCUGAGCAGCCAGAGCAUGCAGCCGCCCAUUAUCCCCCUGUUCCCCGUCGUCAAGAAGGACCUCACCUUCCUACAUGAAGGUAAUGACUCUAAAGUAGACGGUCUGGUGAACUUUGAGAAGCUGAGGAUGAUCGCCAAGGAGAUCCGUCACGUGGUCCGUAUGACCUCCGCCAACAUGGACCCAGCUCUCAUGUUCCGACAGAGGAAGAAGAGGUGGAAGAGUUUAGGGUCUCUGAGUCAGGGCAGCACCAACUCCAACAUGUUGGACGUGCAGGGCGGGGCCCAUAAGAAGCGUGUGCGUCGCAGCUCGCUGCUCAACGCUAAGAAGCUGUACGAGGACGCUCAGAUGGCCCGUAAGGUCAAGCAGUACCUGUCCAACCUGGCUGUGGAGACUGACGAGGAGAAACACCAGAUCAUGUCUCUACAGUGUGAGCCUGUUUACAGCACCUUGUCCAAGAACCUGAGCGAGCGACGGUCCACCAAGUCAGACAUUUCUCCUGUGUCGCUGCGCUCGGCGCUGCCCGGGGGGAAGGCCCAGAACCGCGUAUCCCAGGUGCUCCAGGUCCAAGUACCCCUCUACCCCCAACGGAGGAAGAGCACCGCCAAGGACAUUCACGCCCCACACAACUCCAGCUCUCCCCAGGUGAUAAAGAAGCCUCCCAGCUCCCAGCUCAGCCAAUCAGAGGACAGUCCCUGGAGUGGGAAGAGGUCUGCUGAAGACACCGUGUCUAUCGUGUCCUCCCUGCACUCCAGCCCCACCAUCUCGCCACAGGGCUCCCCGCGCAAAGUGGGUGGCGUGGCCAAGCCCCAGCAUAACGCCAACAGCCAGAUGAACAUGUCUGGCUCGUCGUCCUCUCUGACCAGCGAGGCCAGCACCAAGGCAGGCACGGCAGGCACCCGCAGCUACGGCAUAGGCUAUGCCCUGAUGCCUGCAGGGAAAUCAGACAACCUGUCCGACUCGAGCCAUAGUGAGAUCUCGUCCCGCUCCAGCAUCGUCAGUAACUGCUCUGUGGACUCCAUGCCUGCUGGCCCUGUAGAGGAGCGCCAAGGCAUCAAGACCAGGGAUACCACCGAGACCCCAGGCACCACCACGCAGCUCACACACACCAACUCUGACUGCAGCCAGCCCAGCACCAGUUCGUUGGCGCGGGGCCAGGUGAUGCGGGGUUCCACCUUCACCUCCUCCACCUCCACAGAGGAGCUGACCCCCGACCACAUCUCCCUGGACAGUGUGGCUGACAGUGGGCGGGGCAGCUGGACCUCCUGCUCCUCCAACUCCCACGACAGCUUCCAGAGCCUGCCUGUCCCCCUGCUGGGCCUGGGGCUAGGCCGACCCCCCGCCUGGGACCACCUAAUGCCUGGGGGCUUCCGCCACACCCAGCUGGCAGGGCCUAUAGUGGAGGUGGAGGCUGGGCCGGCCUUGGCGGGGGUAGCAGGAGGACCGGGGGCGGGGUCCGGGGGAGGAGAGGAUGCCAAGAGGCUCUCCAGAGACAGUUCAGAGCUAAACCAAUCACGGCAGAGCUGGGCCUCAUCCUCCUCGCUGUCGGACACCUACGAGGGGAACUACGGCACCAUCAAACGCCGCACUGCCGAAGGCGUCUCCGCCGCCCAUGGGGAGGGCCCCGACUCACCCCAAAGCACAGAUCCCGUCUACAAAAUGGUCACUUCAAGCACAGAGAAAGGCCUCAUAGUGUACUGUGUAACCUCCCCCACCAAGGACGAUAGGUACAGGGGGCCUCCCCCGACCCCUCCGGGAUACCAGGGCCUCACCCUGGUCGAUGGACAGGAUGGAGCUCCCCCCCGGCCUCCCAACUUGAAGCCGCCUGACUAUAGCGUGGCCCUGCAGAGGUCUAAGCUGCUACAGAGCCCCGGAGGCCUGGUGGAGGCCCGGAGACUGGGGGUGAACCACCACCACGAGUCCCAGGGCCAGUCCAGGCCAGCCAGCGUCUGCCUUCAGGGCUUAGGGGAUAGUGAGGAUGAUGAGCAGGUGUCAGCGGUGUAGAGCUGGCUGGACGCCUGGACGGACACUGCAGGCCGUUGGAGAGGGAGGGGUGAUCUGAGCUACCACAGCCUCCUUGCUGCCUCUCCUCUGGGCACACUCCUCUCACCCCUUGCCCCUCUCUAGGCUCUCCCAGUCUCGGCUGACAGCUGUUCAAUGCUAAACCAACGGCACCCCACAGAACUUGUACAAUCAUCUAUUUUACUCCAUUUUUCAAUGGUUUUAGAAACUCCCCCAUUUUUAGACUCCCACGCCCCUGGAACAUAACUGUAUACAGACUGAGAUGUGGUGUGAUGUCACGGCAUAUGGCUCAGGCGUUUGGGACGCUGUGCUGAGGAGGAAGAAGGGAUGAACGGCGCCCGCUGAUCCCUCAAUGUCUUUUUAACAGUACCUCCAUUUGCUUUCGCGCUCUCUUGUCCCAAGUGUUUUAAAUAGUUUUUCCCUCAGUCGUUGCGUUAAAAAAAAAAAAAAGCAGUUUGCAUGAAGCUCUCAGCUUUAAAUGGCAUGCAAACACAAGUUAUAUGACAAUAUCCAGGAAGGGAGAAAAUCGAAACAAUUUCUUUUUCUUCUCGUUUGUUGAUGAAGCGGAGAUCUUGCAGGCUGCAGAAAAUGUAUCUUAAGAGUCUAGAGUGACUCCACAUAUAUUUGUAUUUGCAGGGGAGUGAGUGAGUCAGUGAGUGAGUGUGCGCAUCUCAGACCAUUGUGUCUGAGGCACCCUCAUCCAUUGACGCUCUGUCUCGUUAACUUGUCGCUUGUGAACCCACAGUAACAUGAGGUACUUUUAGUGUCAUGCUGCCACUUCUAUGUUUAAUAAAUGGUUUUAUACCUUGUUUUUAAUGAGUUAACGAACAAAAAGGCUCACUGCUGUAGAAUAGCACAACAUGUUGUUACUUUAUUGCAGUACAGUAAAACAAUAUAUUAGCACUGUACAAACAUUAGUUGGUAAGCGUUAAAUGCUAGGCAUGCAGCCAACAGCCCAAGUUGUUUACAAAGAUGCUUACAAACUUGUUUACAGUGUUUGUUAGACUAACAGUUGUCUAUUAAAUUACAGGCUAAAAUGUAAAAAUAUGAUCAUUUCAGGUUAAUUUGAUAUGUAAAGUCUUUUUGUAUGCAGUAAGAAUGUGUGGAUGCAGCGUAAACAACACAUUUGGUGUGUUUUGUUUUGAUGUACCUCUUCCAUUUUGGCUAUUAAGUGUGUGAUUUAUCCCAUAAUUGUUUAAUAGUCAGGGCAACAAAAGAAAAAGCAAUGCUUGUCAAGGGAAAAUGUAUUUAAAUGCCAGGUUUGCAAUGCAUCUCCAUUCCUUGUUCAUAAUAUAACUACACUUUGAAAAAGAGUACAUUUUGUAGAGUAUUUUAAAGAAUUUGCUUUAAUUGUUUCUUCUUAUUGCAAGCAAAGGUUAAUUAUUUGUACAGUCUAACAGGUUUUACCCUCUAGGGUUGAGGGUGAAACUGCAGAAUGGUAUUGUAAUUAGGGAUAUAACUGGAGUUUGGAUCCUUUUCUUUGGCGUGACGCUUGUUUCAAUUUUUUUGCCGUACAAAGACUUGAAAAUAUUAAUGGUAAUAUAUACAGUGCGUAUAUAAAUGUAUACAUAUAUUUUUGGUUUGUCAUAAAUGAAUGUUAGAUGUAUAGAUGAAAAGAGACUAUUUUUAAUAUUUUGUUAUAAUAAAAUCCAAGAUUGUGAUUGCCCCUUUUCUGUCAUUGGGCAGGAAUCUUUUAAGGAUUUUUCUUUUUCUCUCUCUUUGUUUUGGUGCCGUCUCUGCUCUGUAUAUAUCUAUUUGCUGCUGUGUUUUUGAUUUGACUCCUCCUGAUACGUUGUUGUAUAGAUGUUAUUGUAUGGAUUGACUCUGCCGCCCUCACCAGGUUCAUUACAAUCACUCCCUCCUUGCCUCACACACCUCGUCUGCAUCCCAAAUGGCACCCUAUUCCAUAUAUAGUGCACUACUUUUGACCAGAGCCUAGGGCUCUGGUCAAAAGUAGUAUACUAUGUCGGGAAUAUGGUGCCAUUUGAGAUGCAGCUCUCCUGACUGAGGGCUUCUGGGUAAUUUUGGACAGGCACGUUCCCUAUGGUGCACAGAUGGACCCAGGUCCAUCACUGGCUGUGGCCUAGUGCCUCCUGCGCUGAAAGAGUUCCCCUGAACAUGUCCUCAGCCCCUGCCACCUACCCCUCACUAGCCCACACACUGUGAGCAGGGUCACUUUCUGGAGGGGACAACAUUCUGUUUCUCAGAUAGAAAUGUCAUGUGCAUAGCUGACAUUAUGUACAUGAUAGAGAAGCAGGUCUGUUCUACAUAAUAUAUUUCUAUCUGGAGGUUCUGUAAUGUUGUAUCCCACUGAGCGCAACCAGGAGCAGAGCUUUUAUCAGUGUCUGCUGCUUUCACACAACCUCUCUUUCUCAGCACUGAGAUCCCUGCCCAUUAUCUACAGGGCUGGAGGGUUCUAUCAUAGAAUUAGAAUGAUAUUGAAUGAUUCUGUUUCUAUGGGUUCUAUAUCACUCACCUUUGCACAUUCCUCCUCAGAAUCCUAUAUACAAUACAUUACCUAGUAUCACUGUCCACCAUCACCUUUGAAGAGAAAGCAGAAAUAUAGAUAUACAUGUACACUGAGUAUACCAAACAUUAGGAACACCUUCCUAAUAUUGACCCUUUGCCCUCAGAACAGCCUCAAUA